AUGAAGAAAUCCACUCUAUACCUUUUGUACUACAAAAAAUAUAUUUCGCUGAAAUUAUUCGUGAUUCUGCGUCGGCGCUUGAUAAGAAACGGAAGGCGAGUAGAGCAGCGUGAUAACUGGACCGAAAGAGCUUUUCGUCUAGAGAACUGCAGCGAGAAAGAGUGUUGGGAUUAUUUUCGAUUCAGAAAGGACGAUAUCCCCACUUUGCGUGUAUGCCUUAAAAUUCCAGAUUCGGUUGUGACAGCAACAGGAGACCAUGCGUCUGGUAUAGAAGCUCUGUGCAUACUACUCCGACGUCUGGCAUAUCCUAACAGAUGGAUUGAUUUAAGAAAGCUGUUUGGUCGUUCUCACGGGUCCCUGUCAAGAAUAUUUUAUGCCACUUUGAAUAUUGUUGAUAUCCAAUGGAAAAAUCAUCUAUCAACAUGGGAUCACGACUGGCUAUCAGAAGAUUUUUUUGCGUUGUACGCGACUGCAAUUGCGGGGAAAGGAGGAGUCAUCCCUAAUGUUUUCGGGUUUAUUGAUGGUACAGCACGCCCCAUCUGCCGUCCUUCGGUGAAUCAAGAAAUCAUGUACAGUGGACACAAGCGAUUUCACUGUACAAAAUGGCAAUCUGUUGUGCUCCCCAACGGUUUAAUCUGCAGUCUAAGUGGAAGUCAGCCCGGCACGAUGCAUGACAGCCGCAUGUUUAGGGAAAGCGGGCUUUUAGAGCAGCUGGAGAAGAAGCAGAAAACUUAUCAGCGAAAGUUUAUACUCUACGGAGAUCAAGGUUACGGAAACAACGCGUUCUUGCGGAAGCCGUUCUCGAAGCUGGAAGUACGUACUAACCUCCUGAAGCGCAUGCAGAACAAUGCGAUGAAAACAGUACGCGAAAGUGUUGAAUGGGGAUUCAAAGAAGUCGUUGCAAAAUUUGCGUUUGUUGACUUUAAAAAGCAGAUGGCGCUAUUACAGAAGCCAAUUAACAAGAUGUCUAGAGUAGCUGUUUUACUAACUAACUGUAUAAACUGCAUGUAUCCUAACGAAGCAAGUCAGUUUUUUGAUACGGAACCACCUACGCUGCAGGAAUAUUUGCAAUAA